CGCGGUAGCUAAGGGUGCUUCCGGUUAGCUUCGCCCGUGCGCGUCAAAAUGGCCGAGCUAAGUGAUCUAGAAGAUGGUGGCGUACACAGCCUUGAAGAGGGCAUCCAGAUUCGCACAGUCGAAAUGCACACAGGCGGGGAACCCUUGCGAAUCAUCACCUCGGGUUAUCCUGAAAUCAAGGGCGAAACAAUCCUCCAAAAGCGAAGAUUCGUUCGCGACAACCUAGACUACCUCCGCAAGAUGUUGAUGUUUGAACCGCGCGGGCACGCAGAUAUGUACGGCGCGUUGCUGGUAGAGCCAGACGCCGAGAAUGCAGACAUGGCUGUGCUAUUUCUACACAACGAGGGGUAUAGCACUAUGUGUGGCCACGCUAUUAUUGCUCUAGGACGCUAUGCUGUCGACACCGGAGUAGUCGCUGUUGACACCGAUUCAAGCAGCUAUGGCGAAGUGCCCGUCUUCAUUCAGUGCCCUUGUGGGGUCGUCAAAGCUUUUGUGGAACUUUGCGAAGGCAAAUCAGGCAAAGUUCGCUUCGUAUCUGUCCCUGCUUUCGCUUUUGCGAUAGACCUGGUGGUUGAGACCGAUAAAUACGGCCCGGUCAAGCUAGACAUCGGCUACGGGGGAGCGUUCUACGCGAUCGUUUCUGGGGACAAACUUGGCUUAGAUGUGAAAACUUGCAAAGUUCGAGAUGCUAUUGAUGCGGCCGCCGUGAUCAGCCGAGCGGUAAAAAACCAAGUAAAGCUCACCCACCCCGACUCGCCCGAACUGGCGUUUCUCUAUGGUGUAAUUAUAACAGAUAGCAAAGAUCGCUACUCGGAUGACCCCGACGACUGCACGAAAAACAUCACAGUGUUCGCUGAUAAUCAGGUUGAUCGUUGUCCAACUGGUUCAGGAGUCACUGCACGUAUUGCUGUUCAAUACGCCAAGCAACUGAUUGGGCUGAAUCAGCUCCGUGUGUUCGAAGGUGUGUCUGGAUCAAAGUUUGGUGGACGUGUACUCAAGGAGACAAAGUGUGGAGAGUUUGAUGCUGUGCAUGUCGAGGUCGCCGGCCACGCCUUCUACACAGGAUCCUGUUCAUUCCGUGUAGAGAAAGAUGAUGAUCUGAAGUAUGGAUUCCUGUUGAAGUAGACAAGAUAGAAGUAGCAAUAGGGGACUUGUGCUAAGAGAUCACGUGACCUUACGGUAUUGGGUGGCAAAU